AUGCGAGAAAGGUAUGGUCUGUGUCGGCCCCUCCACGAGCUCAAGGUGUGCGAGGAGGGGGAGGAGACGCUCAGCACUGAGGUCGCCGUAGACGGGAGCUGGAUAGAGAGGCACGACAUUCAGCUACAUUGUGAAUGCCAGACCGGCAGUGACAUCAGGAAGAACGAAAUCAAGAUAGUGGACGGGUCAAGCACAGACACCAAAAGAGUUGCCGUUCUUUGCAAAGCGAAAACUGAGAACGAGGCUCCUGAAUCCCACAGGGUACCGGAACAGACAGAUGGCCAAAUAAAUACAGAGGAGGACAAGAGAGCCCGUGAUUUUAUGGCCUUCUACAAAAGGGGUCUUUCGGAUCUGUCUGCGUUUUACAAGCGUGGGUCCCUGAGUGCGUUUUACAAAAGAGCCCCCUUCUACAAGCGGGGAAUAAGUGCGUUUUACAAAAGGGCCCCCUUCUACAAGCGAGAGUCUCUAAGCGCUUUUUAUAAAAGGGCCCCCUUUUAUAAAAGAUCAGUGGAUCAAAGCAGGUCAACUCGUGAUGUAAGUUCAUUUUACAAGAGGGCCCCGUUCUACAAGAGGGGUGGACUAGAUGACGGGUACACUCACAACGAUAACGAUGACUUGGAGUUCGCCAAGAAAGCCGACGGACUGAGUGCGUUUUAUAAGCGGAAUGGGGUGAGCUCUUUCUACAAGAGAGGGGGCGGGCACGGCAUGAGCGCCUUUUACAAGCGGGCCGACGAUGCUGACGACGACUUCAUGGACGAAGACCUGCAGAAGCGUGUCCAGAGCGCCUUCUACAAACGUGGACCACACGACGAUCUCAGCGCUUUCUACAAAAGAGGAGACAACGGGGUUUCGCGAUUUUACAAGCGCGGGCCUGGGGGAAAGUCCAGGUUUUACAAAAGAAGCGCGGAACUCCUGCAGCCUGCGACUUCCGGGGAGACGGACGUACAGCUGGUGGAAAGGAGAAGCGGUGACGUCAGCGCUUUUUACAAGAGGGAUUUUGAUGACGUCAGUGCGUUUUACAAACGGGCACCCUCGUACGGUGUGAGCAGUUUCUACAAAAGGGGACCUUACAGUGACGUGAGCAGCUUCUACAAAAGGUCGCCGAUGUCUUCAGAUAGUGCGUUUUAUAAAAGGUCACCUUACUACAAUGACCUUAGUGCGUUCUACAAAAGGUCCCCUGAUUAUGAAAGCGCGUUCUACAAAAGGUCACCUGGCUAUGACCUCAGCUCUUUCUACAAAAGGUCAUACGAUAACAAUGACCUAAGUUCCUUCUACAAAAGGUCACCUGGCUAUGACCUCAGCUCUUUCUACAAAAGGUCAUACGAUAACAAUGACCUAAGCUCCUUCUACAAAAGGUCAUACGACUACAAUGACCUCAGCUCUUUCUACAAAAGGUCAUACGACAACAAUGACCUAAGCUCAUUCUACAAAAGGUCACCUGACUAUCACCUCAGUUCCUUCUACAAAAGGUCACCAAACGACCUUAGCUCCUUCUACAAAAGGUCACCAAACGACCUUAGCUCCUUCUACAAAAGGUCACCAAACGACCUUAGCGCGUUCUACAAACGAGCACUAAACGACGACAGCGCCUUCUAUAAAAAAUCUUCGGGUCUUAGCUCUUUUUAUAAAAGGUCACCACACUUAAGCUCCUUCUAUAAAAAAUCAUCUGACCUGAGCUCCUUCUAUAAGCGCAUGCGCGACGACCUGAGCGCGUUUUACAAAAGAUCCCCGGAUGAUGUGAGCAGCUUCUACAAGCGGUCCCCAUUGAGCAGCUUCUACAAGAGAGACUCCACCGACGGUCCCGAGGAAAACAGUGAGAGCAACUCCAUUCAAGACGACAACAACAACACCGAACAGAGCUAUACAGAACAGAACCAAGACAAGGAAGAUCUCGCGUCUGAAAGUGCGUCUGAUGAAAACAGCAUAAGUAGACUGUAUUGACAGAAACCGUUGUUUGAUUCUUUUUCUUAAAAAAAAACAAAACUUGAUACGGAAACCACGGGAAAAUGAAACCAUUUAUAUUUAUUAAAAUAUAUAUUCUAAGCUAAAAACGUACGCAUAAAAUAAUAAUAAUUCAGUAGUAAAAUUUUGAAUUGAACUUGACCUUGUUACGACUGACACGAGAAUUUUGUUAGCUCCAAGCUUUGCAAAGAAACAUGUGGAGAAAUGAUUACACUUUUGUUCAUGA